UCACACCGCUUGAAUCAAAGAUGGUGCUGUACUGUGUGGCCGUGGUUUUGUGAGCUCCGAAACAACUUUGCUAUUUUGUGAUUAUUGUGGUGUUUAUUUGUACUUUUAUUUUCACAAAAUGUAUCCACUAUCAUUUAUUUUAACCGACCAAUAUCUUUUGAACAUCAGAACGGAAGUUACUUACCUAAAUUCCGGCUUCAACUUUGACUCAUCUGCCCUGGGCUCUUUCUGUAAUUCCAACCCAGUUUGGCGUUAGAGGCAGGAGAGGGGGAUCCUGGGUAAACUCAGAGACUGCUGGCCUUGUUAGAAUGGUGUAUUGCCAAUUACUGCAAAAUGCAUACUACUGAGCUGAUGCCUCACCGACGAUGACCGAUGGGAAAGGAAGCAGAUGUCCAGAGUCUGUGGGGCAGAUGGAUAGAGUGGAAGAAAGGGUGGAAUAUUGAGAAGGACCAGAAUACCUGAAGAGUAUAUCAUUCUAAAGAAACCAACAAGGUCAGGUGACUAUGGUUUUGCCACUACUCUCAGCACUUUAUGGGGGUCCUCUCACUGCCUGAAUCAUCCAGAAGAAUUAUGGAACAAAAUAAGAUCUGAGCCAAUGGAGUCUCCUGAAGGAUACUGUUCUCUAAUACUGGAAUGAAGUGACAAGAGACGGCAGCUGGACCAUACACACAACCCUAGGAUCCUGGACCUGGAGAGAACCUUUUGAUCUGAGGACCCGAGUAUCAGAAUGAUCCACUUUUCUUUGAAAUCCAUUGCUAAUGAGUUAGAAAAUACAGAACAAAGAUAUUGUGAAAGAUAACUAAGCAUUUUAGUGAAAAUCAGUUCCAAUAGUUUGGAGAUAGCCUUGGGUAUCUCACUAUGGGUUUCUGUAAGAUUUGAACCUUGUCAUACCAGGUAAAACCCACAUUGUCCUUGACAAUUAUACAAAUGCCGUUUCAAUGGUUAUCGGUCCCAUGAUCUUUUUGAAGGACCCUAUCCAUUAAAUGAUUUCCCAAAUUAAUGUAUUGGAAUCAAGUAAAUGACCACGUAUGGAUGGAAAGUGUCAAUUUUAAUUCUCAGGGAGUUAAAAAAAAUCAUUAUCAGGCCCACUCCCUUCACCACAAUACUUGUGGUAAAGAUUGAAAGAAUGAAGCUGCCUUAGAACAUAUGGGAAAGUUUGUCUUUGAAAUCUUGAAUGCAGUUUUCACUUGUACAGUAACAAAACACAUCUCUGUUACCCGAAUGAAUUUGAUACCAGUGUAGACGGGUGAGAUAAGUCAGGGAAAAACCCGAUGGAGAAGAUUACAUGGGAAAGAUAAGGCCGGUUCAAAAUGAUUUGCCAAGUUUCUUCUGCACAGAGAACAAACCUUCUGUAGCCUGUCUAAAUUCACUGAGUCAUGAUGUGCCAUGGCAUGCCCUGUGUCCUGAGGUGGAACUAUUUAAGACAAUAGAACUAUUUAAGACAAUAGAAUACUUAAGAAUCUUGUGGAUUAAUUCAAGUGUCCUAGAACAGAGAUUUUGGUUGGCCUCUGGGUUUAAUUUCUUCAACAUUGCCGGUUUGAGGACUCUUUUCACCUCUUUGGAAAUCCCCGUCACAUGUAGAGCCAAGCAGGAUUUUCCAAAAUGGCUCCCUCUUGGAGACUGGGAGCAUGUAGCCUGUUGACGGCCCUUUGGCUUUUGCAUUGCUGUAGUUGUGGAUGGUCGGAGAGGACUAGUGGCAUGGCCAAGGGAGAAACUAAGGAGCAGGAGCUCAUGUCCCAUGAACGAGUGAAGAGGGGAUGGGUGUGGAACCAGUUCUUUGUGGUGGAGGAGUACACAGGCACAGAACCUCUCUACGUUGGAAAGAUACAAGAUGUCUUAGAUUCAGUUAAAGCCACACUCUGUGAGAUGUGCAUACCACCAAACAGUGGGCCACCAACAAAAAACAUCCACACGGAUUCGGACGAGGGCGAGGGGAACAUCAAGUACACCAUCUCCGGGGAAGGAGCGGGCACUAUCUUCAUCAUCGACGAGCUGACGGGCGACAUCCACGCCACCGAGCGAUUGGACCGCGAGGAGCAGAGUUACUACACCCUCAGAGCUCAGGCCCGGGACCGACUCACCAACCACCUGCUGGAAUCCGAGUCAGAGUUCGUCAUCAAGGUCCAGGAUAUCAACGACAGUGAACCCAAGUUUCUGGAAGGGCCAUAUAUUGGGAGUGUGGCGGAGCUUUCACAAAUGGGAACAUCAGUGAUGAAGGUCACUGCAUGGGAUGCAGAUGACCCUACGUACGGGAGCAGUGCCAGGGUGGUGUACAGUGUGCUGGACGGAGAGAGCUUCUUUACCGUGGACAGACAGACUGGACUUAUUCGGACGGCUGUGGCAGAUCUGGACCGGGAGACGCAGGAUCGCUAUGAGCUGGUCGUCAUGGCAACCGAUAUGGCAGGCCAAAUGGGCGGUCUUUCCGGCUCCACCACGGUGACCAUAGUGAUCACAGAUGUUAAUGACAACCCACCACGCUUUCCGCAGAAGAUGUACCAGUUUUCGGUGCCUGAGGGGGCGGCCGUGGGGACGCCGGUGGGGAGGGUGAUUGCCACAGAUGCAGAUAUGGGGGAGAACACGGACAUGAGCUACCUGAUCAAAGACGAGGAGGGCGGGGAACUGUUCAAGGUUACCACUGAUGGAGACACACAGGAAGCCGUCAUCACUAUCAAAAAGCCACUGGACUUCGAGAGCAAGCGUACACACAAUGUGGUGGUGGAGGCUGUCAACAAGCAUGUGGACCCCCGAUUUUUGGAGCUUGGCUCUUUCCGCGACCAGACAAUCGUGCGGGUCAGCGUAACUGACGCGGAUGAGCCGCCUGUCUUCCUCCCUGCUGAGGGGGCCAUCAUGGAGGUCCAGGAGGAUGCCAGGCUAGGUGCGCUGGUGGGCACAGCUACCGCCAAGGACCCAGACAAGGAGAAUGCACCUGUCAGGUUCUCCAUUGACCGAAGUACAGACCAGGAGCAGAUCUUCCACAUUGAUCCAGUAUCGGGCUCCAUCACCCUGGGCAAGAUUCUGGACCGAGAGACGGCUGGCUGGCACAACAUCACUGUGACAGCAGUGGAAGCAGAUAAUGUAUCCCAGAUAUCCCAUUCGUCAGUGAGCAUUCGUAUCCUGGACGUGAACGAUAACCCUCCUGAACUGGCCAGACCUUACGAGGCGUCCAUCUGUGAGGACGCUAAGCCGGGUCAGCUUAUUCACACCAUCAGCGUGGUGGAUAGGGACGAGCCGCAGUCGGGCCAACGCUUCUCCUUCACCCUGGCUCCGGAGGCCACCAACAACCGCCACUUCACCCUGUGGGAUGUCAAAGACAACACUGCAGGGAUCCGGACCCAGCGCUCGGGCUUCAACCGCCGCGAGCAGAACGUCUACCUGCUGCCUAUCCUGGUGGUGGAUACCGGGCCUCCUGCUCUGAGCUCCACGGGCACCCUGACCAUCCACGUGUGUGGCUGCGACCCGGAGGGCGCCAUCCAGUCCUGCAAUGCCACCGCCUACGUCAUUAGCGCCUCACUCAGUCCCGGGGCCCUCAUAGCUCUACUGGUCUGCAUGCUCAUACUCAUAGUCCUGGUGCUGCUAAUCCUAACCCUGAAGCGCCACCGCAAGGGCCAGCGUAUGUCAGAGGACGAGGAGGACAUGCGCGACAACGUCAUCAAGUACAACGACGAGGGCGGCGGCGAGCAGGACACGCAGGCCUACGACAUGAGUGCCCUGCGCAACCUCUAUGACUUCCCCGAGGCCAAGAGUGGAUCUUCUGAGUCAGGCCCUGAUCUGCAUGCACUGCCCCAGUGGAUCCAGGGGCGGGUGAGCGGCGAUGGCGGGGCAGCCGACUUCUCCCUCUUCAAGGGCUACAUCCGCAAGAAGGUGGAGCAGGCAGAUGCCGACCUGUCAGUGCCGCCCUACGACUCGUUCCAGACCUACGCCUUUGAAGGCACCAGCUCGCCGGCCCUCUCCCUCAGCUCUAUCCACACCCUGUCCACUACGUCCGAGCAGGAUUUCUCCUACCUCAGCGACUGGGGACCACGUUUCAGGCAGCUGGCGGGCUACUACGCCCCUGGACAUCCUGAGGAAGAGGGCUCCUAGCAGUGUCCUCAGCCCAGACCUUUGCCUUCUCCUCCGUCCCCAGCACCGUAUCAAGGGAGCCCAGUGUCAACACUGUCCUAUAAAGCCCUCGUCCAUCAUCUCCACAGCGACAGAACUGAAGCCCAGUUGGUGUGUCGGAAAUCGAUUAGGUCAAAAAAUCUUUCUUACUUUGAAUCUUUAAGUUUGAAGUUUUUCAAAGCAAAACAGCGUUUUUAAAGGUUUUGAAACUCCAGGGUGAAAGGUGGGCUGAUUAAAUGAGGGAUAAAAGCAGGUGUUAUCCAUUCACUUUUCCCUUAAUUCCAAUAAGGAACAGAGGAGUAUGACGUAAUAGAAUAUAAGUGGGGCACCACAGGUUACAAUACCAUUACCUUUCAAAUUAGUUUCUGGGUAUGUUCUGUCUGGAAUCAAAGACUAGGUUCAUUUUUAGCUGUGUGAGUGGACGCUCUGAGGACAUUCCGAGAAAUAUGAACAUUAUGAAACUCAGCAGGGAGUCAAGUCAUUUUUUUUCAAGACAAGGCAAACUAUCUGAGAUAUGUAUUUAUUUAAGAAAAUAUUUACAGUAUGUAUUUAUUCCUUUGUAUUUAUUUAUUUAUUUUGUCCAUAAUCACAAUGGACAUCAGUGAAGAAUGAUACAGAAAGAAGAAAGAAAGGUUUAUUAUGGUGAGAACCUGAGGAGAGAAGAGCUUCUACAGAGGCGCUUAGCAUAGGUAGGACUUUACAUACUGCUUUCACAAAGGUGAUAUUUGGGUCACAGACAACUACAGUAUUGGAAAUAUUUGUAUUUAUUUUUCAGGAACACUUUUGUAAAAUAAACAACUGAAGACAGAGCGCGACAGAAAAGAAAAGAGUGAGAGAACAAAGGAUGAGACAAUUCAGUGCACAAAUUGGUUUUGUGUUGACAUCCUUUCACUGUAUUGUGAAGAUUUCUAAGGGAUUAUGAAGGUUGUGGGACAGUAUGUGAUAACCGGGUUUUUGCUUUUCUUUUUCAGCGCCAUUUAAAAGGCUAUAAGGCACAAUCCACACGAGUGAUCCAGGACUAUAUGAAAUGACUGUUGGUUUCAUGGAGUUGGCUAUUAGCUAACUCUUCCUGAGGAGUUCAUUUUCAUUCCAGUAUUUGUAUGUGUGAGUGUGUAAUAUGCGAACAACUUGUUUUAUAUUCUGAAAGAUUUGAUCGCUUUUGUUCUUUUGGGUCUAUUUUAGAAGAUGGAUGGAUAUGUGAAGGGGUGACAGGUACAGGAAUAAAGGAUGAGGAGAUGGAAUUAUUCUACCCACCAUCCAGAACCUAUUUAAUGUUGACCUUAAACUUGCAAAUGUAUGGGAAAUAAAAAUCAAUAAAUAUUU